AUGGAGAGAAUACAUAUCACUAUUAUAAGUGAUAUUAGUUGUCCUUGGUGUUAUGUAGGACGUAAAAGGAUGUUAAAUGCAAUUUCAACAAUAAAAAAUAAGGAAAUCAGUUAUGAGUAUCAUCCAUACAUUAUUGAUAUGAAGACAAAGAAAGAUGGAGAAGAGUAUAUGGCAUAUAAUGUUCGUAGAUGGGGUGGUGAUGGAUGGACGUAUUCAAUGAUCAGAGAUUCUAAAGCAGAUGGAUGUAAUUUUGCACAAUGGAAAUAUUGGCCUUAUUCUCUUCAUUGCCAUAGACUAAUGAUUUAUGCCAAUACCAUAGGAAAAGGGAAUGAAUUAAUGGGAAUUUACUUCCAAAUGAAUUACGAAGAAGGUAAAAAUUUAAGUAUUCAAAGUGGGUUAAUGGAAGCUGCUGAACGGUGUGGGUUAGAUUUGACCAUCGCAAAAAGAAUAAUUACUAGUGAUGAAAAUAAAGAUAUUGUAAUGAGAGAAUUACACAAUUGGCAUUCAAUGGGAAUUAGUGGUGUUCCAUUCUUUAUAAUUGAAUUUGGUAAUGGUAAACAAGUGACAUUAUCAGGGGCUGUUUCAUCUAGUAAAUGGCUUUCUGUGAUUCAAAAAUAUUCAUCUAAUUGA